AUGGUGCUGACCCGCACCAAGCGUUCGCUUUCCUCUGGUGUUCCAGAAACACGCAUGUCCAAGCUCGGGCGAGCAACUCGCCUUGGGUUAGGGGCGUGGUGCUUCUCUGAUGGCCACUCCCAGGAGGCCAGGACUGAGGUUGCCCACCACACCCCGCUUCCAGCACAGACGGUCCUGUCUCCCUCCCCCGUGUGUCCAAGGGAGCUUCCAUUAGGGCCGGAGGUGCCAAGUGCUGCCUUGAAAAGUGCCGAGGUUCAGCUGGUGAGAAGCAACCAGGCCCACCCGGCGCCCCCGCCCCGCCGUGCACCUCCCAACCGAGGGGCUCCCACGAGCACAGCAUGUGGGACUUCAGGGCAUGCAGACGAGCGAGCCUGGGACAGGGGACACUCACUGCCUGGCCAGGCCAAGGGGCCUGUUGUCCAGGUGGGCAGCCUUCGCGCCCUCAAGGAAGCAGCUGUCGUGGAGGUGUGUGGCCAGACAGAAGAGGCCCGGCUGGGAAUGCAGAGCUGCAGCUCAGGCCCAAAGGCAGCGGCCUUGCCCUCCUUGGCUGUGGCUGUGACAGCCGGUCUCUGCCUCCUUCCUGCGGGCAUCCUACCUGAAAGCCUGCUCUGCGAGACUGUGCCUCAGGUGCCUGAUCAGGGCUGGACCCUGAGUGCCCAGCGUCCAGAUCAGGAUCAGCACCCGUGUGCCUACCAUCCGUAUCAGGACCAGCAUCCGUGUGCCCACCCUCCAGAUCAGGGUCAACACCUGUGUGCCCACUGUCCAGAUCAGGACCAGCGUCCAUGUGCCCAGCGUCAAGAUCAGGACCAGCACUCAUGUGCCCAGCAUCAAGAUCAGGACCGGCCCCCAUAUGCCGAGGAUCCAGAUGAGGAACAGCACGGUGCCAGUCUCAGCUCUUCCUGA